CGCUGCGUCUCCGUCGUGCGUCAGAGCAGACCGGACCAAACGGGUCAAUAAGUGCACCAACCGAACCAAGCAUUAAUGCAUUAAUUGAGCUCCACAACCAAUGAAACGCUCUCGACCUGCGCGCCUCUAGCCGCGCAUGACCCCCACCCCACGGAGUGACGCGUCUUGCAGCUGAGAGGUGGCCGCGGUGGCGGUGGAGCUCGGCGGGGAGGAGAGCCGGAGGAGAUGCGCAGAUCUGCAGGUCUCUAGCGCGGUCGUAAAACAAGCGCGAGACCCGGAGCCAUGCCCGGUGUGACCAAGUACAAUUUAGUGGAUGACGCUCUCGAUCUGAGGGUCCCCAUGCACAACGAGGAGGUCUUUAAUCAUGGGGUCUGUUUCGAGGCAAAGUAUAUAGGCAGCUUGGAGGUGGGUCGCCCAGGCAGCCGCAUGGAGAUAGUCGCAGCAAUGAGGAGAAUCAGAUAUGAGUUCAAGCUGAAGAACAUAAAGAAAAAGAAGGUCAACAUCCUUGUAUCCACUGACUAUGUCAAAGUGAUCCUGCGGAAAAAGAAGAAGAGAAAGGGCUGGUCAUGGGACGAGAGCUCCAUGUUGCUGACACAGGACCCCAUAUACAG